AUGGGAAUCCUGACUAACUCAGAUAAGGAGAUCGUGAAGCGAUCAAUUCCAGGGGCCUCCAAUAAGAUCAUUGAUUGCACGGUUGCGAGGCUUUACAUUGCGUACCCUGAACCUAACGAAUGGACCUUCACAGGUUUAUCAGGCGCAGUGGCCUUCGUAGAUGAUUUGGUGGGCCACACCUUUUUCCUGAAACUGGUUGACAUAAAGGGACAGAGAGGUGUCAUAUGGGAUCAAGAGCUUUAUGUAAAUUUUGAGUAUAACCAAGAUCGGUCCUUUUUCCACACUUUUGAAUUAGAAGAUUGUUACGCUGGAUUACUAUUCGAAGAUAUCAAAGAUGCUUCUCAUUUUCACAAACGGGUUGCUCAAAGGCAGAAGCAUGGAUCCAAGAAGACGCUUCAAAACAAGAACGCUAUAGCGCUGAAAAAUCGAAUUGAGCCUACCAAGAUUGUUGGACCCCGUGGAGAUAUUGGUACCACCACAGCUGAUGAUUAUACUACUCAACAAAGAUCAAGACAUGCAAAAGGAGUUAUCUACUACGAAGAUCAACCUCCCCCUGAAUGGCGUUCAUUAUAUAACGAACUUGCUAAUGCUGGUAUUACAGAAGAUAUGAUCGCCGAGAAUAGACAAUUCAUCAAGGAUUAUAUCAAACAGCAAGGAGGUCCUUUGGUCGGUCUGGAACCACCAAUUCCCAGAAAGUAUCAACGGUCUGCCCAAUCCAAGACCCAUGAAAGUAAUACAUCUUCAAUCAAGAAAUCGAAGAAGGCGCCUCCGCCUCCCCCGCCCCCUCUAUCUCGAGAUCCUACUGGGUCACCAACUCCCGCUCCCAAUGAUGAUGAGUAUAAUUUUGCACCGCCUUCUAAUUUCCAGAGAUCAUUACCGCCAAAGAUAUCUCCCCCUCCUCAUGUGCCUACGCCGGAUAUCUCCUCUGAAAUUAGUCGUGAGAGUUCGGUACCAGCUUCCGUUACUCCUCCAGAAUCUCAUGAGCACCACAAUGAAAAUACUGCCGUUCCAAAGGCUGAACCACCAAAGCGGGUAUUCAGAGCUCCUCCUCCGAUGGCGUUUAUAGGACAACAAGCAAACGGACCUCCACCUUCUUCUCUUACCGCCGCUCGCCCUGCUGGGCCACAGUUUUCUUAUGGUUCAACCCCAAGCAAUCCCAAUCUGCAAAGAGAGGGGGUUCCUCGUCCUCCAGGUAAUCAAGCUCCACAGAGAAAUGCGGUACCUCCUCCUCCUCCCUCAAGGAACAAUGUGCCUCCUCCGUUCGUGCCUCAGCCUGGAUCACCAAUGGGCAAUAGCCCUGGUCCUGGUGGAGGAAGACAGGUUCCACCACCACCUCCCCCUCGAGCUACAGGGAACCGAGUUCCUCCGCCAGCACCUCAGCCAAGACGUUCCAAUGCUCCCCCUCCACCUCCAUCUAGGAAUGCAGUUCCUCCGCCGCCACGGGCUAACACUCAGCAUACUCCGCAAUAUGGAGAACAACAACCUGGUGCCUUUAUUCCCCAGACUGCUUUUGAACAACCACAGCGUAGCGUACCACCUACCCCAGCAUCAAGCUUUGGUCAACCAGGUGCAUCUGCACCUCCACCGCUUCCGCCAAUGCACCCUCAAGGUAGUACUGGUAGUGGUCCCCCUCCUGCUCCUCCAAUGCCUCCACAGGUCAGUUCCAACGGACCUCCCCCACCGCCACCUCCUCCUCCACAGAUGUCAACGGGCGGUGGACCUCCACCCCCUCCGCUUCCACCACAAAACGGCUCUUCUGAUGCUCCACAAGCUUCAUUGCCUCCUGUGAGUGGUGAUCGAAGUGCUCUAUUGAGCUCCAUCCAAAGCGCAGGUCUUUCCAGUUUAAGAAAGACUGAUAAAAGCAAGCUAGAAAAGCCAUCGGUUUUACUUCAGGAAGCCAGAGGUGAAGUCCCUCCUCCUACUACAACUGCAAAUACUGCGCCAACGCCCGGCCAACCUGCAUCUUUGGCCGAUGCUCUAGCAGCAGCUUUAAACAAUAGAAAACAAAAAGUAGCUCGAAGUGAUGACGAAGACGACGGUGAAGAUUGGUAA